UAAAUUUUAUUUCUUUUUAGAUCAUCCCUUCAUUGGAGAAACUAUCAUUAACAAGAGAUGACAUUGCAAUGAAAUGUGAGCAUGAGUCUAAACAAGACAUCCUUUUCAAUGGCAAAGUUCUUCAAAUUCAGGACUAUCUUGAUGAUGAAUUAGAUGUUUUACCUGUUGGAUUCCUAAAAAGGUUCUGCCAUCUAGAAAAUCUCAUUGUGAGUUAUUGUAAUUUUAAAGAGUUGUUCCCUUCAAAAGGAGAAGUUGAAGAACAAGAGAAACACAUUGAGAUUGAGACACUCUUAAGGAUUAAAACAUUAAAUCUGAAGUGCCUUCCAUAUCUCAGGCAUAUAUGGAGCCAUGACUCACCGAGUGUCCUUCAAAAUCUUGAAACUCUUGAUAUAUCCAAAUGUGAUAGUUUGAUUAUAUUAUCAACUUCAAUUUCAUCUUUCCAGAAUCUCACCACUUUGAACGUAACAAGUUGCAAAGGGAUGAUAAAUUUGGUUUCAGUCUCAACAGCACAAAGUUUGGUGCAACUAGAAAGUAUAAUUGUGGAGAGCUGCCACAUGUUGACUAAAAUAGUUGGAAGUGAAGGAGAUGGAAUGCAAGAUUAUAUCAUGAUCACUUUUGCUAAACUAAAAUUUUUGACACUUCAGCAGUUGCCAAGACUAGAAAGCUUUUGUUCAGAAAAUUUCACCUUCAAAUUCCCAUGUUUAAAACAGGUAACUGUAAAGCAAUGCCCCAAGUUGAAGAUCUUCAGUGAGGGAGAGCUAGAUACACCAUUGCUAUGGAGAGUAAUAAUUAAAGAAGAGGACAAUUACCGUUGGGAAGAUGACCUUAAUACUACCAUACAAAGAACGUACAUGGAAGAGGUUGGAUUUGCUGGGUUACAACUUUUGAUGUUAUCAGAUUUUCCUAAGUUCAUGGAAACAUGGUAUAUCAAGAAUCCUCAAGGACUCUUAGAUUUCAGACGGCUUCAGGUGCUGGAAAUUUGUAAUUGUAGCAAAUUCAGGUACCUCUUAACCCAUUCCAUGGCCAUGGGCCUAGUGCAACUCUUGCAGUUAAUAGUAAAAAACUGUGGGACAAUGGAACAAGUGAUAAUAGGAGAAGGAGCAGAAAAUAAAAUGGAAUUCUCACAUCUUUCUUUGAUCAAUCUAGAGUCUUGUUUGGAUUUGACAAGUUUCUUUGUGGGAAGUCAUAGUCUUGAGCUUCCAAGCUUAAAUGAUUUUAUUGUAAAGGACUGCCCAAAGAUGGUCACUACAUGUGCUGCUUCUACAUCUUCAGAAGAGCACGACAAAGAGGAAUCUCAAUACCUCUUUAGCAGUAAGGUGGAGACUCCCAACUUGGAGUUUUUGAGUCUGUCUUCAAAUAACAUUCAACAAAUUUUGGACAAUUCGAUUCCAAAAAUAUCUUCUUAUGUCCAAAAUUUAAGAAAGUUGUCUGUGGAGGGUUGUGAGGUUGCUUUCUUAAUUCCGAUCAAGUUUGCGGUAGAGAAUUUGAGGGAGUCUAAGAUUUGGGGAGAUAUUAUUGGUAUAGGUGGGAAAUCUAUGAGGUUAAGGAAUAUGUUGGUGAAGGGGUUUAGGUGUGUGGUAGGAGAUGGAAGUCAGAUGGGGAAAUGGGGAAAUGGGAGUGGGCAAGGUGGCGGUGGCAUAUGGAGUGGCAAAGGGGGAGGAUGGGACGUGGAUAGGAUGAGGGAAUGUUGUGGGUGGUGCUAGGUAGGAUAUAGAUUAAGGAAGGCAUGGAGGAUUCCUAACAGUGGAUGUAUGAUUUGGAAGGUAGAUAUAUGGUGAAGAGAGCUUAUGAUUUUUUAGCUCCUAUAGAGUGUUUGCUUGAUAUCCAGUUUUGCAAACUGAUUUGGUGUAGGUUAGUGCCUUCCAAAAGUGGGUUUUUUUGGGUGGAGGUUGUGUCUUGUUCCAACAAGAUGGAAUUUGUAGAAAAGAGGGGUGGAUUUGUAGGGGAACGGAAUGAGGUGUGGUUUGUGUAAUGAGGGGGUGGAGGACGUCAACCUACAUGUAAAGAAGUUUGGUUAGUGUGGGCUAAGGUGCUUCAUUGGUGGGGUUUGGAGGUGGUAGAUUUUUUUAUGGGUAGUUUGGGUAUGUUGGUUGGAAAGGAGAUGAGUGCACGGAUUUUUUGUUGUUGUGUCUUGGUUUUUAUGGUAUUGGAGGAAUGUUAUUGUGUUUUGGAGUAAUAGGGAUUUUGGAGAGCAAUUGUUGGAUAUGGUUCAAGCUAAGGGUGUGUUUGGGAUUGUGGUUGGAGGUUUUUUUUUUCAUGUAGUCAUAUAACAUUUUUAGAUAUAUGUAUUUGGUAAUUUUUUUUCAAAUUGUUUGUUUUUUUUAAUUGCAAAAAAUCACAGUAAAUUUACAGUAAUUUU